GCAACCUGUGGACACGCCCGGUAGCUCUCAGCUGAGCUUCUCGUUAUGAAGAUGAACCCCAAGCCAAUUGGAUCUCCGAGUUUCAACUGAUGUGGUGCUUAUAAUCAUCCCGUGCCGGGUCGAAAUCAGUAUGUGUAUAUGGCGGCCCUCAAAACCGUGGGCAAAGUGCAUGGCGGAGUGUGUGGAAUCCCUGAUAAGACCCUGUCACGACAUAGUGCUAACAUGGAUUUUCGGAUACAACAGCACCGUAUUGGCGCUUACACCCUACUCUUUUCUUGUUAUUUAUUGUUCACACAUGUCUCACUUUUUCAUUAACUUUUCGCAACAGGUCAGAUUGACCAUCAUUCAACCUUAUUAUUAGCAAUAAAUUGUAAUAAAUUCCAUAAAUAAAUCAAAGAAUAGGAAAAUAGCAAACAGUUUUCUAAACAUACAUUUUUGAUUUUGAAAUUUCUCAAACUUCAAAUUUUAUCAACUGAUACGCAAACGGAACGUAAAAUUUUGUUUUUACUGAAUUCUAAUUUCUGGUUACGGUUGACAGACGUUCGGUAAUCGUUUGCAUGAGUUUUCAUAAAGCAAAACAAAACCGCUGGCACAUUUUUCUACAUUUACGGUAUGUUUACGAGAGCCUAACCAGGCCCUUACUUAUUUUUUGUAAUUAUUGCUUAAUUUGUUUGAGGUACUAGUGUCUGGCGAAAAUAAUGUAAGUGCCCUUCGCUGUCACAGAACUUUGGUAAAUAAGUUCAAAUGGCACUUACAUUAAAAUUGUUUUUGUUGUAAAUUAUAACGACUUGGAUCAUCGACACAAAAUUUCCAGAGAAAUUGGAAACAAUCAUCAGUUAUCGAUUCAUAUUAAAAACUGAAAAUCCCAAUAUUUGGGACUUACAUCUUUUUGGCGGUAAGGGUAAAAGGACGAUAUUUUUCAAAAUAAUGAUAAUUUAGAAGCUAAAUAUGUCAUUGUACAAGUCAAUUUCCACGUUAAUACACAUCUAUCUAUAAAUCCAAUUUGAUAAAAUGUACACGUUUUGUAAUUUUAAAACAAAUUCUAACCCACUUAAACACAUGUUCUGCAGCAACAACAACUUAAUCUAUGAAGUGUGUUUUAUAUGAAUGUAUGUAUGUAUGUGUGUUCCCUAAAUGGGCAAGAGCACACAACUAUGAGAGCUAAUUUUAAAUAGCUCUCCCGGAGAGGCUGUCUUUUUUUUGACAUUUAUUAUCAAAGCUCACUCAAAAUAAACUUUUCACUCAGCUCUUAAGAAUGAUAAACAGCCAGCCAUACUCAUAUGUUGCCUGCUGAUAGGGGUGCUGUGGGUUUCAACUGCUUAAUCUAGUGACAGAUAGUUUGCACGCACUGCCGGGUGGAAUACAAACUAAAGAAACCACUCAUUCAUUCACAAAACUCAACAACAAAUUAUAGAACGAUGUGAUAAUCCAACCAUAAAUCCAAAAACACAUAUUUUUAAACUCAUAACAAACCAAACAACGCGGUACAAUCGACUCGAAGGCAGUGUGUCUGUCAGUCAGCACCAUUUAAUUGAACUCUGCUAUCAAUUUUACGAUAAUUAAAAGUAGAAAAACACCCGAAGCAUUGCGAAGUCCGAAUUAAAACUAGUUAAAUGUGAAAGAAAUAGAAAAAAACACGAAACAUGUAUUGGGCCAAUAAAACAAUCAUUUAUUAACAUUGAUUGGCGGAGGAAAGAAGCAACUUGCCGAUUCGCUUGAUUGACAUUAACCAGCAACUGCAAAGAGAGUUUGUUUGCCAUUGGAGUUACAUGUACUAAAGAAAAUGCGAUAUAUAGCCGCAUUGGAUGUGGGAACCACAUCGGUUCGUUGCUUUGUGCUAAAUGAAAAAUGUGAAAUAAUAGGUUCCGCUGUAGAAGGGGUGGAAUUGCUUAAUCCACAACCAGGAUUUUUCGAAAUAGAGCCCGAAGGCCUGUGGGACCAAAUAGUACGUGUCAUGCAAAAUGCAGUAACAAAUGCUCAACUACAGCCCUCGCAAAUAGCUUGCCUUGGCAUAAGUACUCAACGCUGCACUUUUCUAACCUGGAAUCAUAAAACACAAGAAUAUUUUCAUAAUUUUAUAACCUGGAAAGAUUUACGCUCAGAUGCUCUGGUUGAUGAAUUUAAUAAUGGCCUUACAUUGAAGACCAUCAAUGGCGUUUCGUACACCUUAUAUUUAUUGACGCGUAGCAGUCGUUUUUUAGCCGGCAGUGUAUUAAAAAUGAUGAAUGGCCAAGUGACCUUGAGGUUGGUUUAUGAAAUGCAAAACAAUAAGCGCCUCAGAGAGGGCCUUAAAAGAAAAUGUGUAAGAAUUGAAUUACUGGAUUCCUGGAUCUUAUAUAAAUUAAGAUCAGGAAAUGGCAAAAAUCCCAAUGUGGACCAUAUAUCGGAUGUAACCGCCUGCACAGCAACUGGUUUAUUUGAUCCAUUUAUCCUGGAUUGGUCGCCGAUGAUCAAAAUGAUAUCUGGUAUUGAGAUUUCUCUACUACCGAAAAUCGUAAAUAAUUCCUAUACAGAUUUUGGUCAUAUCAACCCGGUGGAUUUUGGCCCAGAAUGGCAAAAUUGUCAAAUACCCAUAACUGCCUCAAUAAGUGACCAAUGCGCUGCCAUAUUUGGAUCUCAAUGUUUUAGUAAAGGCGAUGUUAAAAUAACCAUGGGAACGGGGGCAUUUUUGGAUUUAAUUACUGGCAGCAGUUGUCAUGCUUCGAUAAAGGGCAUGUAUCCUUUGGUGGCUUGGCAAUAUGGCAAGAACACAACAUUUUGUGUAGAGGGAGCGGCACACGAUAUGGGCACCAUUAUAACCUGGGGCCAGAAUUGUGGUUUAUAUAGCAACCCAGCAGAGACAUCAGCCAUAGCCGAAUCUAUUAGUGAUACCAAUGGAGUGUAUUUUGUGCCAGCCUUUAGUGGUUUAGGGGCCCCCAUUAAUGAUCAUAAAGCUGCUUCGGGCUUCAUAGGCAUUACACCAUCUACCCAAAAGGCCCAUAUGGUAAGGGCUUUGUUGGAAAGUAUAGUUUUUCGUUUGGUACAACUUGUGGAAACGGCAGAAGCGGAAACUCAAACAAAACUAAAGAUUUUAAGAGUUGAUGGAGGCGUUUCCCGAAAUGAUUUUGUCUGCCAAUUUUUAGCUGAUGCCACUGGUAUUUAUGUUGAACGUUCCAGCAAUGCUGAAAGCAGCAUAAUGGGUGCCUCCUAUGCAGCUGGCAUUAAUUUUGGACUAUGGCAGAGUCAUCAAGAUGUUGCUCAAUUUCGUACCAUUGAUCGUUGCUUUGUGCCUAACAUUAAAAAGCAUAGUCCAAUACGCGAGCGCCUUAAAGUUUGGCUAAAGGCAGUCGAACGUUUUAGUCAUUGGUAUUGAAGGUUGUGAUUAUUGAAAACUAGACCAAAUCAUGUAUAAAAAUAAAUAUAUUCAUGGAAUAUAUUGAAAUUAAGGAGUUAGGAUGUUUUUACCAAAGAAAUUUUAUAAAUAAAAUUAAAAAUU